AUGCGGGUUGAGGGGAGAUUAUAUUUGAUUGAGGAAGCUCGUCCAACACCUCUUGAGUUGCAGCGCUUUCAUCGAAACAUGAAAGCUGAAAGAAGGAUAUUGGAGCAUCCGAGCAGGUAUGAAGUUCAUGCUCGCAAGGUCAAUUUAGCACUAAAAGUUUUAGGCUCUAGCCUUUAUGGCAAGGAGAAAGAGUACUGGGAGAGCCAGUUGCUCAAAUUGAAAAGCAUCCCGAACAAGAGAAUUCAAGAUGUUCUAAAAAUAAGUUAUGAUGGGUUAGAUAGAAAUGAGCAGAGCCUAUUUCUGGAUAUUGCAUGUUUGUUUGGAGAAGGAUAUCCAGAUGGAGAUGAGCUUGAAAAAAUAAUAGAAUGUUUUGGUUUCUUAGCGAAAUGUGGAAUAUGGAGUCUCGAUGAUAAAUCUCUCAUAACCAUUUCAGGAAGGCAAGUAAAAAUGCACAACUUACUAAAACAAAUGGGAAAGGAGAUUGUCAAUAAGGAAUGCAAACAGCCUGGAGGACGUAGUAGGUUGUGGAAUCCUGAGGACAUUUCUCAUGUAUUCAAAACAAAUACAGGAACUGAUAAGAUUGAGUGCAUUUCGUUUCGAAUGUCGAGUGAUGGAGCUAUUGAGAUAAAUUCCAAAAAUUUCAUGAAGAUGCCUAAUCUUAGAUUCCUCCGAAUCACUCGUUCCAAAUGGAUUUUGCCUGAUGACCUUGAUUUUUUUCCAGAAGAGCUAAGAUAUUUAUGUUGGUACGGUUACCCUUUGAAAUCGUUGCCGUUGAAGUUUUGCCCAAAUAACCUUGUACAACUUCUCUUGCCUGAAAGCCAACUCAAACAACUGUGGGAUGGAGAUAAUAAGCCUUUUAAAAGUUUGAAAGUUAUGGACCUCAACAGAUCUCUGUCUUUAUUGAGACUUUCGGACCCAUUUCAAGCCCCAUGCCUUGAGGUAUUAUGUUUGGGAAGUUGUAGAAGUUUCAUCGAGAUUCCUUCAUCUCUUAAUUAUUCAACCAAGCUUACUCGGCUAGACUUAAAGUACUGUGUAAGUAUUCGCAGUUUGCCAAGCUUCUUGUAAGAAUUAAUCUCAAAUAAUUCCAUAAUAACCUAGAUCGUGCAAAUCACUAGAUUCAACAAAAUAG